CCGCCUCAGGCUCCUCGCUAGUUGGGCCUUCUCUCUGCCACUCUCCACGAGUGGGUCACUCCACAGGGAGCCGCGACGCUGGCAGGAGAGGAUCCUAUAGGACAGCAAGGAGAUGCCACCUAAAAACAAAGAAAGAGGGAAGAAAUCUGGGGCACAGAAGAAAAAGAACUGGGGUGCAGAUGUGGAGGCCGAGUCCGGGCACAGGCUGGUGGUGCUGGAGAAGGUGCUCCGAGACCACUUGUCUCUACGGAGGGAUGAAGCCCGUCGAGCCAAGGCUUCCGAAGACCAGCUGAGGCAGAGGCUGCAAGGGGUGGAGGCUGAGCUGGAAGGGGCCGGAAGUGAAGGGAAGGCCAUAUACGCAGAGAUAAGUCGCCAGUGCGGUGCCCUGCAGGAGGAUAUGCAAACCCGCAGCAAGCAGCUGGAGGAAGAAGUCAAAGGCCUUCGGGGGCAGCUAGAGGUAUGCCAAAAGGAGGCUGCGGCUGCCCAGGAAGAGGCUGAACAAGCUCUGGGAGAGCGGGACCAGGCCCUGGCUCAGCUUCGGGCCCACGUGGCAGACAUGGAGGCGAAGUAUGAGGGAAUCUUACACGACAGUCUGGACAGGCUCUUGGCCAAGCUGAGAGCCAUCAAGCCGCAGUGGGAUGGGGCGGCACUGAGACUCCACGCCAGGCACAAGGAGCAGCUACGCCAGUUUGGACACCCCCCUGGAUCUUUGAGGCCACCAGCCCCUAGUCUCUAGUGUUCUCUGAGGCCCCAGCAAUAAAGUGUCUUGAUGCAGAACUCAA